AUGGCUCAUGAACAAGUUCAUCCAUUGAAGAACUUUUGUCAGCUCAAGAAACCUGAAGGCAGAGAAAGAAAAAUUCAAAGUGGCGCACAGAGGAAGGAAUGGGAAGAGUGGUUGAUUGUAUUCAUAACUCCGAUUGUAUGGCCAUUUCCGUACGGAAAAAAGUAA